AUGUCCAAGAUAUUCGCCCGAUCUUCGACAUGGACCGAGAGUCUGGAUCAGCGGUAUCGGCAGGCCAAACCGCCCCUCGUAGUCACCGCAUUCGCGGCCAUCGGGAUCAUUUAUGGCGACAUUGGGACAAGUCCUCUAUAUGUCAUGAAUGGUAUAUUUCCUUCAACUGGACCAGCGCCAAGUGCCGAAGACGCAAUGGGCGCCAUCAGCGCGAUCAUCUGGACUUUGACCAUUGUGCCCUUGAUCAAGUACAGCUUGAUAGCUCUAGAGUUUGGGACUGGCGAAGGAGAAGGAGGCCCGUUUGCAUUAUUUGCGCAACUAUAUCCCGCCGAAAAGGAAGGAGCCGAGUUGGCACUCCCCUCAAUCCAUUCAAUUGGUGGACAUUUCACAGCUGGCGCUACCACCUUUCUAGCUAGGCCGAUGGUUAAACCAAUCAUCAAGAUCAUCACCUUAUUUGCGGUAGCUUUGAUCAUGAGUGAUGGAAUUUUGACCCCAGCGGUAUCGGUCACGAGUGCAGUCUCUGGUAUCGCGAUCCCGGUGCCAUCGUUGAAAGGCACAGACAUCACCGGGAUCUCCAUAGCGAUACUGAUCGCAAUCUUUUUUUCUCAGCGGUUUGGUACUCAGAAGCUCGCCUUAUCCUUCGCCCCGAUUGUCAGUAUCUGGCUCAUGAUUAUAUCCGGCACCGGCAUCUUCAACAUAACUCUUCACCCCGGCGUCUUCCGCGCCCUUGAUCCCAGCCGAGCCGUUAUGUACUUCGUCCGUGUCAAGUCCAUUAGCCCUCUCAGCGGAAUAUUGUUAUCGAUCACAGGAGUUGAGGCCUUGUUUGCGAACUUAGGACAGUUUUCCAAAGGCGCGAUCCGACUGUCUUUUCUUUCUGCGGUUUAUCCAGCCCUGAUACUGGCAUAUCUCGGCCAAGGCGCAGUGCUCAUCACUCAAGGGCCCGAAGUGGUCACUAACAUUUUUUAUCGCUCCAUUCCGGGGGGCCAGGGUGGAGCAUUAUGGUGGAUCACGUGGAGUUUUGCCCUGUUGGCUGCCAUCGUCGCCUCUCAAGCCAUGAUCACGGCCUCGUUUUCUCUGAUUCAGCAAAUGGUUGGUCUCAAGAGCUUUCCGCCAGUCCGAAUUGUCCACACCAGUGACUCUUCUCGCGGACAAAUCUACGCCCCGGUUGUGAAUUUCUUGCUGUUGCUUGGUACCGUUGGUGUCACGGCGGGAUUUGGCGCAGAUGAGGGGUUGAACUCCGCGUAUGGUUUCGCUGUCGCUGGUGUUUUGAUAACCACCACUUUUCUAAUGACGAUGGUUAUGAUUCAUGUCAAAGGCUUGCCGGUAUGGCUGUCGCUACUGUUUUUCGGUCUAGCCGGUUUCAUCGAUGCUAUCUUCUUCGCAUCAGCCUUACAAAAGAUUCCACACGGGGCCUGGUUUACUCUUACGUUAGGCUGUCUCAUUGGCUUGUUCUUACUGUUCUGGACAUGGGCGAAGGGAUUGGAGGAUGCAUUUGACGCUGCACACCGGAUUAAACUUGGACAGUUAUUAAUCAAACACUCGUCCGAUCAACUCACUCUUAGCGGAGAUCACCCUCUCAAGUCAGCAAAUAGUGAGCAACAAAUGCGUGGUGGUGGUGGAGUAUACCGGUACCCCAACGAGAAUGAUGCCCUGCAAGAAUAUCCAUCGUCUCCGGUAACUCCGACUCAUAAUCCAUCGGAAAUACUGAUAGCUCCGAUGCACAUAAGUGAUUUGGCUCUCCAUGAAGAACCGGAAGAGAUGAAGUCGGAUGAAAUCAUGGAAGAAAAACAAGAAACAAUCCACCUACCGGUGACCGGCGAUGAGCAGACAAACUCACACGAACAAAAGAUUACGAUCCAUGAGCCGAAUCACCCAAGGAGCUCGAGUCAUAACGUGGCCAGCUAUCCUCCAGUCCAGGCUAUCCAUCAGAUCACCAAGCAUCUGACGACCAGUCAACACUCGCCCCGAUAUGCCAGAAGGCAGAACACCUUGGAUAAUACAGAGAUUACGCUAAAUCCCGUUUACAGCCCGGACGUUAAGCUAAGCGGACCCUUGCCCCGCCUCGAAUGUUUCUCGUUUUUCCAUCAUCUAGGUGAGGGAAUUGGUGCGCCCCAUUCGUUCUCGGCCUUGCUUCGACACCAACCUGCGCUACCUAGGGUGGUCGUCUUCCUCUCGAUCCGAGUGGUCGGUGUACCUCACCUCCAGGAAGAAGACAAGUAUUUGAUCGACAAGUUGAGAACGCUCAGUGGAUUCUAUCUGAUGACUUAUCGGGUCGGCUAUCGAGACCCAUUGGACUUGAGAGGCCUCACCAAGCCCACCUUGGAGAGAAUUGUCGAGCUCGAACGCGGUAUCGUGCCCAUCGGAUCCAACAAAGCCCUGGAAGAUGAAAUUUACAAAAUCACCAAGGCUGCCAAUAACACUAAUCACAUCUUGCCACAUUAUCAUUGCACUUCCAAACCUUUACCAGCGGACAAAAGUAGCAACCUUUUUGCGAAGUUUUUCCACUCGAUAAGAUCAUAUCUUUUGGAAGAGAUCUACCGAAGAGUCUCUCAAAACUUCCCGGAAACGUCCAACUACGUUGUCGAUGAAUCAAAGGUCUUACGGAUCGGUGUUAAUGCCUUGAUCUGA